AAAUCGGUAGCGCUCGUUCUGUACCGCUAUGCUGGAAGCAUGCAACUUGUUGACCCGGAAAUUCUACAGAAGCAUUUCCCCACGUGUUGACUGAGUGUUACUGGGACUGCACGCUGAACAGUGAAAGCUGGAGCGAUGAGACAGGAUUAACAGGACACACCGAUUCCAGAGACUUCGGACACCAAUCGCGAACAAGAAAACACAUUAUAAAGUAUAACAUGGAGAAUUUAGAAUUGAGCCUGUCUUCACUGAGUAUAAUCUCUAACCACGCUGAAAAAAGCCGGAGUGAACUCAGCAAGUACUUGGCUAAGCAGAUAUGGACUCAGCAGGACCGGCAAUGCAUCCUGAACACGUUAGCUCACUUGCUGCUGGACAGAGAAUACACGCUGCUGAUUGGACGCCACCUGCGGCCUAUAGUUCUGGACUUGCUGGAAAGAAAUGCAGAGAUCAUUAAAGCAGAUGGCCGAAUCAACCAUGACCUACAUGAAAGACUGUGUGUGGCUAUGAGCAAACUCCUGGAGGUCAGCCCUGAUGCACUUCCAUUUGCGCUCAGGUACUUCACAGAUGCCCCACCAGUAUUCCAGAGACUUUUUCUGACAACUGCUGAAUCAGCUGCAAUCCAGUAUGGCAGAAAGAGGAUGAAACUGCGGGACCUGAUGGGGGCGACUCUGAGGUUCCUGCAGAGUGACUGUGCCAGGUUCAGGGAUCUGUGGGACUGGAGUGUCUGCAUGUCACUGCUCCGAACUACUGAUGUUUUAGUGCGAUGGUAUACAGCACACUGUCUGGCUAUGGUGUCACACAUGACAGAUAAGCAGAAAACGAUCUUUCUCAAGAAGAUUUUCAGCAAUGAAGAACUCUUACAUCACAAACUAAACUCCCUGGAAGAGGCACAGCAGCUUGGCGUUGAGAAGGCGCUGAUUCUGGCCAACCCAGAAACUACACUCUGGCGUUGCGAGAAGAGUGUCAAAUACACAAGGGGGCAGGUUGUGUCUGGUGACCUUUCACGCAAUGUAGUUGCCGUAUGUGGAGUUGUAUUGCCAAAAAAGCAGCUCCCACAGCAACACCAGGGUGUUUUAAAAGACCUUGUGUUAGUGGAUUCUACCUGUCAGAGCUUGCAAAGACUGGCCAUGGCCGUGGCCUCCCAGAAUGCUGUGCUGCUAGAGGGACCCAUCGGAUGUGGCAAAACGGCUCUGGUGGAGUAUCUGGCGGCUGUGACAGGCCACGUAAAACCGCCACACAUUCUCAAAGUGCAGCUGGGAGACCAGACGGACAGCAAGAUGUUGCUGGGAAUGUACCGGUGCACAGAUAUUCCAGGGGAGUUUGUUUGGCAGCCUGGAACCCUGACACAAGCUGUGUCUAAUGGAUACUGGAUCCUACUGGAGGAUAUAGACUAUGCACCAUUAGAUGUGAUCUCUGUGCUGAUCCCUCUUUUGGAGAAUGGAAAGCUGCUGAUUCCAGGGCGUGGGGAUUGCAUUGAAGUGGCUCCAGGAUUCCAGUUCUUUGCAACUCGAAGGUUGUUUGGCAGUGCUGGUGGUUGGUAUAGACAACAAAAUACCCAUGCUGCUUUGCUGGAUAAACACUGGACCAAAAUACAACUGGGUAAUAUGAGCAGGGCUGAGCUGAAGGAGGUGGUACUUAACAGGUACCCAUCUCUAGCAAUUGUGGUGGAGCGCCUUUUGGACAUUUAUUGCCAGCUGACUGGAGACAAACACCUGGCAACAGAGAGUCUUCCUCCUGGUAACCAUGGAAACCAAGCUGCUGCUGACGGGCCCCAGCCAAAGAGUGAAGACAGAGGACAGGGUCUUGAAGGAAGGGGCUUGUCACUCAGAGACUUGCUGAAGUGGUGUGAAAGGAUUUUCAACAAUUUUGACAGCACAUGCUCCUCUACUGCCCUCAACAUUUUCCUCGAGGCUCUGGACUGCUUUACAGCAAUGCUGUCCAAACCAGACAGCAGACAGAAGAUGGCAGAGAUUAUUGGGAGCAAACUGAACAUUUCAAAAGAAAAGGCAGAACAUUUCUGUCAGAUGUACAAACCAGGAAUUACCUUCAAGGAGCUGGAGGUUACCGUGGGGAGAGCCACUGUCGCCCGGAUACGGAACGCAGCAGUCACACUGCGCAUGGAAAAGCAGACAUUUGCAGCGACACGUCCCUCCUCCGUGCUUCUGGAGCAGCUGUCUGUCUGUGUCAAUAAAGGAGAGCCUGUUCUGCUAGUAGGGGAGACAGGAACAGGAAAGACAUCCACAGUGCAGUACCUCGCGAGUAUCGCAGGACUCCGGAUAAGGGUUGUCAACAUGAACCAGCAGAGUGACACAGCAGAUCUCCUGGGAGGGUACAAGCCUGUGGAUCAUAAGCUGGUUUUGCUGCCCCUGCGGGAGGCCUUCGAGGACCUGUUCUCCCAGACCUUCUCCAGGAGACAGAAUAGCACCUUCCUUGGGCAUGUGCAGUCAUGCUUCAGGGAGAAGCGCUGGCAGGACCUGCUCAAACUCAUGGACCAUGUGUGCAAAUCUGCUGUCAACAAGGAACCGCAGAAGAAGAAGCAAAAUGCAGCGUUGCUGAAGGAGCAGUGGGAAGCAUUCAGCUUGAGGUUAAACCAGGCCCAACAACAGAUAAAACUGACUGAAACAGCUCUCGUCUUCGCCUUUGUGGAGGGUACAUUGGCACAAGCAGUGAAGAAAGGAGAAUGGAUCUUGCUGGAUGAAAUUAAUUUAGCCGCCGCAGAAACCUUGGAGUGUUUGAGUGGGUUACUGGAAGGAAGUGCUGGGUCUUUAGUUUUGCUGGACAGGGGAGACACAGACCCCCUAGUACGUCAUCCUGAUUUCCGUCUGUUUGCGUGUAUGAAUCCAGCUACAGAUGUUGGGAAGAGAAACCUGCCUCCUGGAAUAAGAAACAGAUUCACAGAACUUUAUGUGGAAGAACUAGAAAACGAAGGAGAUUUACGAAUUCUUAUCUCUGAUUAUCUGAAAGGGUUGAAUGUGAACAAGAACACAGUCCAAGGGAUAAUCAGCUUCUACUUGGCUGUGCGUAAAGAGGCUAACGCCAGGCUAGUGGAUGGGACCGGACACAGGCCUCACUACAGCCUCCGAACACUGUGUAGAGCCUUGAGAUUCGCAGCGAGCAAUCCUUGUCACAGCAUUCAGCGCUCUCUGUAUGAAGGAUUCAGUUUGAGUUUUUUGACCCAGUUGGACCGAACCUCCCACCCUCUGGUCCAGAAGCUGAUCUGUCUACACAUCUUGAAUAAAAACACCAAGUGUCUCAAGCAGCCUAUACCAGAACCCCCUGGUAAGAAGUGUAUCCCAAUGGAAGGCUAUUGGAUCGCGAGAGGAGAGAUGGAGGCAGCGGUAGACAGUACCUACAUCCUCACCCCAUCUGUGAAGCUCAACCUCAGAGACCUUGCCAGGGUUGUAUCUGCUGGGACCCACCCGGUGUUGAUUCAGGGAGAGACCUCAGUGGGUAAAACCAGUCUGAUCAAAUGGCUGGCUGCUGCCACUGGAAACCAGUGUGUGCGAAUCAACAACCACGAGCACACGGACAUACAGGAGUACAUUGGCUGCUACGCUUCUGAUACGACCGGGAAGCUGGUCUUCAGAGAAGGUGUUCUCAUUGAUGCCAUGCGGAAGGGUUACUGGAUCAUCCUGGAUGAGCUGAAUCUGGCUCCCACGGACGUGCUGGAAGCUCUGAACAGACUGCUGGAUGACAACCGGGAGCUCUUCAUUACCGAAACGCAGGAAGUAGUCAAAGCUCAUCCCAGGUUCAUGCUGUUCGCCACCCAGAAUCCCCCAGGCCUGUACGGAGGCAGAAAGGUGCUGUCGAGGGCCUUCAGGAACCGCUUUGUGGAGCUGCACUUUGAUGAGCUGCCCAGUGGGGAGCUAGAGAGCAUUCUUCACAAGAGGUGCAGCCUGCCCCCCUCCUACUCUACCAAGCUCGUCAGAGUCAUGCUGGAGCUGCAGUCACAUCGAAGAGGCUCAACGGUGUUUGCCGGGAAGCAUGGCUUCAUCACCCUGAGAGAUCUGUUCCGAUGGGCUGAGCGCUACAGGCUGGCAGAGGAGAACCAGGGGGACUAUGACUGGCUUCAGCACCUCGCAAACGAUGGUUUUAUGCUGCUGGCUGGUCGAGUGAGGAAGCCAGAGGAAGCAGCCAUCAUCCAGGGUGUGCUGGAGAAACAUUUCAAAAAGAAACUGAACCCAGGAGCCCUCUUCUCUCAGGACAACGUCUCCAAGCAAUUCUGUAACCUCAUGCCACAUACUGCUGAUUUGCCUGAAGAGUUCCGCCACAUCGUGUGGACUCAUGGCAUGCGAAGGCUUGCAGUUCUUGUUGGGCGAGCGCUGGCCUUCGGCGAGCCUGUGCUGCUGGUGGGAGAUACAGGGUGUGGUAAAACAACUAUUUGCCAGCUGUUUGCAGCUCUGUCCGGCCAAAAGUUUUACUCGUUGAACUGUCAUCUACACAUGGAGACAUCCGACUUCCUCGGAGGAUUGAGACCAGUUAGACAUACAAGUAAAGACGAGGCGGAUGGUGAAAACACCAAGCUCUUUGAAUGGCACGACGGUCCUCUUGUUUCAGCGAUGAAAGAGGAAGGAGUCUUCCUGAUGGAUGAGAUAUCUCUGGCAGAUGACUCUGUGCUGGAGAGACUAAACAGUGUCCUUGAGACUGAAAAGACUCUGGUGCUGGCUGAAAAGGGCAGCGGGGACAACGAUGAUGUGGAACUCAUCGCUGCAGGAAAGCGAUUCCGUAUCCUAGCAACCAUGAAUCCAGGUGGAGACUUUGGGAAGAAGGAGCUGUCGCCUGCUCUGCGGAACAGGUUCACAGAGAUCUGGUGCCCCCAGAGUAACAGUCGUGAGGACCUGGUCCAGAUCAUUAAACAUAACCUCAGACCGGGAAUCUCCCUGGGUGGAGUCCACCCUCAAGGUAAAGACGUUGCAGACGUCAUGCUAGACUUCAUUGACUGGCUCAUGGCUCAGGAGUUUGGGCGCCGGUGUAUCCUGAGUGUGCGUGAUAUCCUGUCCUGGGUGCACUUUCAGAACCUCAUGACGGAGGCAGGCGGAAUGGAGCGCAUGGACGGGGGUGCAGUGGAGGGCUGUGCUUUGAGACUUGAUCCUGUUUCUGCAUUCGUGCACGCAGCCUGUUUGGUAUACAUUGAUGGAAUUGGCUCAGGGACAACGUUCUCUGCUGCAGAAAACGCCCUGUCGACUCGGAGGUCAUGUUUGAACUUCCUCUGCAAGCAGCUCUCCAGAGUCACCACUCUGGAUGACGUGAGAAUGAACACCCUGAGGAUUUAUGAAACCAGGGUGGUCAGGAAGCCUCUAUGGGGGGAGAACUAUUUUGGCAUACAUCCAUUUUAUAUACCUAAAGGUCCUCUCAUUGAAACCAGCAACCUUGCUGACUAUGCCCUGAAUGCUGGAACCACUGCAGUGAAUGCACAGCGCCUGCUGCGUGCCUUAAAGCUGAACAGACCUGUCUUACUGGAGGGAUCCCCUGGGGUGGGCAAGACAAGCUUAGUAGCAGCUUUGGCAAAGGCUUCAGGAAACCAUCUUGUUCGAAUUAACCUGUCUGAGCAAAGCGAUGUGACUGAUCUGUUUGGGACAGACUUGCCUGUUGAGGGAGGCAGGGGAGGAGAAUUUGCUUGGCGAGACGGACCUCUACUGGCAGGCUUAAAGGCUGGGCACUGGAUUGUGCUGGAUGAGCUGAAUCUGGCCUCUCAGUCGGUGUUGGAGGGGUUGAACGCCUGCUUUGACCAUCGCGCAGAGAUCUACGUCCCGGAGCUGGGAAUGAGCUUCCAGGUGCAGCACGAGAAGACCAAGAUAUUUGGGUGCCAGAACCCCUUCACACAAGGAGGAGGCAGAAAGGGCCUGCCCAAGUCAUUCCUCAACAGGUUCACACAGGUUUAUGUGGAUCAGCUUUCAGUAGAAGACAUGGAAUUUAUUGGGGACUCUAUCUUUCCUGACAUAGACAAGCAUAUCAUUGCAAAAAUGGUGCAGUUUAACAACAAGCUUGUUCAGGAUGUAAUGGUGGACAGAAAAUGGGGCCAGAGAGGAGGACCAUGGGAGUUUAACCUGCGUGACCUAUUCCGAUGGUGUCAGCUGAUGCAAGCCGACCAGUCACCAGGGUUUUAUGACCCCGGGCAGCAUGUUGGGCUGGUGUAUGCAGACAGGAUGAGGACCCAGGCUGACAAAACUCAGGUACUCUCUCUGUGUAAGAGUGUUUUUGGAGACGAUUUCACCCCAUAUACUGGUUCAAGACAGUUUCACAUCACUCCUCAGAAUGUCCAGGUUGGUUUCUCUGUCCUGCCCCGCGGAGGCUGCACCGCCUUUCCUCCCAGCAGACCGCUCUCUCUCCUCCACCGGGCUCUGCAACCUCUGGAGUCGGUGAUGAAGUGUGUGGAGAUGGGCUGGAUGACCAUCCUGGUGGGCCCGGCGGCCAGUGGCAAGACCAGCCUGGUGCAGCUGCUCUCCCUACUGACGGGGCACAGGUUAAAGGUCAUGGCCAUGAACAGCGCCAUGGAUACCACUGAGCUGCUGGGGGGAUUCGAGCAGGUGGAUAUCAUGCGUCCAUGGCAACGUGUCCUGGAUAGCACAGCGUGUGCUGUUGCCAUGGUGAUGAGAAGAGGCCUGCUGUCUUCAGAGCUGGUGACUCAGGACACUGAGGUCCUACUGCAGGCAUGGAGCUCCGUCAGGAAGAGCUGCAAAGCUGUGCCUUGUGCACGGGAGGGAGGGGGCGUCAGCAACGAAGCCAUCAAUAAACUGGAAGCCAUGGUUACACUGCUGCAGAAACUCAACCUCAAAUUAAAAGUUUUUGCAGAUAUGUCUCAGCUGGUAGCAGACUUCAAGCAGUUCAAACAGCAGCGGGCUCAGGCUAUGGGUGGACACAGCCAUGGCACCUUUGAGUGGAUCGAUGGGAUGCUGGUGCAGGCACUGCAGGCUGGAGACUGGCUGCUUAUGGACAACGUCAACUUCUGCAGCCCCUCUGUACUGGACCGUCUGAAUGCUCUACUGGAACCAGGCGGUGUGCUAACCAUCAGCGAGCGAGGAGUGAUUGAUGGUACAACACCAAGCAUCAAGCCUCAUCCUAACUUCAGGCUGUUCCUCACGAUGGAUCCUGUCCACGGUGAGGUGUCCCGUGCCAUGAGGAAUCGAGGAGUGGAGAUCUAUAUCCCUGGGGAGAGUGAGGGGGCAUGCUGGGAUCUGCUGGAUGUUAAAACGGUGCUGCAUGGUGUGGGUGUGAAAGGAGAUAGUGUGUGCAACCUGCUACUGGCUGUGCACACGGAGAUCAAAGAGAGCAUCUUAGGUUCUCCAACCUCCUCGGUCUCCUCACUGCUUCAAACCGCCUCUCUGCUGACCAGCCAUCUGCAGCGAGGCCUGGACCUGCCUAAUGCACUACGGCAGGCUUGUGAGGAGGCCUACAUCCUGUCUCAACGGGCUUCAUCCAGUCAGAAGCUGGCACGAGAGAUAGUAGAGAAGCAUCUCUCGGCCUCCAGGGACACAUGGGGAGGCUGUUUGCUGUCUGCUGGGCUUUGGCCGGAUGCUGUUCCCUCAGCCCUGCAUUCAGCCGAGGACUCCUGCUUUGCCACAGUCCAGAGGGAUGGGCAGGUCCUCACCUACUGCCUCAACAGACUGAGCCUGAGUGGUAAAGGGACUCGUCCUCUGAGCCUGUCGGACCUGCGCAGAGUUCUCCAGUGCAGUAACAUGGAGGGCCUCACGUUUCCAGGCGAGAGCCUGGAGGAUCCUGGGAUUGAAGAGCUCAGCCUGGUCCCUGCUGCUGUACGGCUCAUCACAGAGAGGGCAUCCAAUCAGGACUGGGUCCUGCGGACCAGAUGGCUGAGUCACAUGUCCAAAUGUCAUAAACAUGCACCAGGUGCAGUGCAGGUGCAGCUGGAGGCGGGUGCCAGAGCUCUGACCACGGUGUUCUCCAGCAAACUGCGUGGGAAACUCAGGCAGAUAAUGAAUCUCAUACAGCCUCCCUCGGCAGAUGAAUUCAUGGUUCUGGUGGACCAACGAUGGAACAUGCAGUACUUGGAUAUUCUGACCACCUCGUACAGCUUUGAUUCUGAAGGGGACUAUAGGCAGUUCUUGGAGGCUUUGAUUUCAGUUGCAAACAGAGUGACCCUUCUAAUGGACAGAGAGGAGCAGAUGCAUGUGGAGGAGGCUCUUCUAGGAUCCAGCUCUGCCAAAAAAUCCAUACAAAGCAGCGCUUUAAGAAUGUCAACUGCUUUCCGGCAAGGACGUGUUGACUAUGGUAAUCUCCCUCACCCGGUGCUGGCUCACAUUGCUGCCUUCUUUGAGCUGUGGGAUCCCUGUGUGAUGCUCUGCAUACAGACUAGCCCCUUGAUAAUAUCAGAUGACAUUCUUUAUGAGGUGCUGUCCCUGCUGCUGUGGCGUGACCGCUUCUGGACUGUUUCAGACUCUGUUCCGGGUGAUUCACAGGGCAUCGCUCUCCUUGCCCUUCACUGGCACUGGGUACAAAAACACCUCAUUUGUAAAUUGCCCCAAAUGCUGAUGGGAGAGAAUCAGUAUGAAUGUUUGCAGGAAGUUCAGUCGGUCACAAGCAGUAUCGACAGCUUCCUGUCCAGUUCCACUGGGGCCUCUCCUGUUGUGAAGAUCAUGCAGAAAGCACUUGGAAAACCACUUCCAUUUAAGGAGGAGGCUGUGGCGGAGUGUGCCUCUCGGCUGAGGGGGCUCAGCAGCACCUUGGAUGUGAUGGAUCUGAGACCAGAGCUGGGAGGAUCCCGGUGGAGGCAGGAAAUCCACAGACUGGAAGCAGCUGCCAGUGGGCUGAGCACCAAGAGAAGCCUCCUUGAGGCCUGGGGCCUGAUCCUGCAGGCAAACUAUCAGCUAGAGCACACAGACUCGGGAAAUACGGAGAAGCUGCAAUCCAUUGUAGAUGCCCUGCAAUCUCAGAUUACUUCAAGAGGCCUUCUGCCCUCCCAGAGCAAAGAGACCUCUGAGAGUGACAUGAGGAGCCCAACCCAGCCUGACACGGCUUCUCUCAGGCAGCUCUCCAGAAGGAUCCAGCUCUGGCCAGUGAUGGAGUACCUCGCUGUGCUUUGUCAGUAUAAAUUGGUGGCAGAUCUGCUGGAGGCAUCGGCACCCAGGAUGGGAAAGGCUCACCCAUGUCUUUCUCCGCACAUAGACUUCUGUCUGCAGUCAACCCCCACAGCUUCUGAGCACAUCCAAGGGCUGUGCUCUCUGCUGCACAGUGACAAGUUGCCCCCAGAGCAGUUUAAUUUGCUGUGUUCAGAGCUUGUGUCUGGAGCCUUGUCAUCGUUCUGGAGAAGCAGCGUAUCCACAGAUCCCCACUUUUGGCUGACGUGGAACCCCCUGAGCUCUGCAGAUGAAGACAGGACACCACAGACACCAGUGGAGAAGUCUAUGCAGGGACCUGGAAUUCUGAGCAGAGCCGUGUGGUCAAAGUGUUUCUUUGAGAUUCUGACCAGCUGUAGAAAGACAGGCCGCUGGGACGCAAGUGGGGUUGAAGUGCUGUCCUCGUCCCGCGUGACGCUGGGGGAGUGGAGAGAAAGAACCCGACAGCUGCAGGACGUCAACACAGUCCUGUGGACCAACAUGGCCGUGUGCUCCUUAGCAGAUUUCAGCACCACAGACUGCAGGCUUCAAGCCAUUCUGUUACACAGACAACUGCUGGCCCUGGGAGAGCUUCUCCCCUCUGAGCUGCAGGAGGAGUAUGUGGAGUACUGUGACAGACUGACCGUGCAGCGGACUCCUGCAGCCAUGCAGUAUGUGCUGAAGAUACUCCGCGACAUCUUUCCAGCAGAACUGCUGCCAGAGGGGUUUGUCUCCAGCAUGGUGGCCUGUGUGCAGCAGUCUGUCAGGGUUGCCAGUCUGUCCCAGCAGGCGCAGUCUGGGAGUUUCUGGGUGAAUAUGGGCUUAGUGCAGAUCCAGGUGUGGACGCCACGGACUAUAUUCGACCCUGCUGUCAAAAAGGUCUACAAACUCAAUUACGCGCAGGAGGAGCUGAAGACACUACAGAGUGAGUGGAGGGCGCGCAGCCUGUCCUCUGAGCUGCUGUCUGGCCAUGGGCUGGAGGAAGAGGACGGCUCCAGCAGACACCUUCACCCUCGCAUCAGGUUCCUGUGGUCUCGGAUGCAGCAGCUGAAGGAGCAGAUUGCUGAACUGUCCAGGAAGCAAGCGUGCCGCCCUCAAGUCCCUCAGUAUGAGCGCUUGUACCAGGAGGUGCAGCACUACUGCAGCAGCAUUGCACAGCCCGCUCGGGUGCAGGAUCUGCUCUCCCGCUUGCUGAAGACACUCCAGGAGCCAGGCCCCAAAUCGAGGCCGGGGAUCCAGAGCUUGCUGAACGAGGAGGCCGCCUGGCAGACCUCACAGCACCACUUCACCAAGAGACUGGCUGAGGAUUACCCGCUGUACCCAGAUGUGGUGAACCCACUCAGGGCAGCAAUUCUGCAGAUGCAGCAUGGGAUGCGGCUGGUGGCCUCGGAGGUGUCAACCUCUCUUGCCAGUCUGGCUGACCUGCCUGCUCUCGUUUCUUGUCUCCUGUCCUUCCCCUCGCUGUCCCCUUCCCUCCCCUCCUACCUUGCCCGUGCUGAGAGACUGUGCUCCAGGGCCUCCAGGGAUGUGCUGAGGAGCCUUAGCAAGCUGCUUCCGGCCCAAGAGCAGAGGGGGGUGAUCCCCGAGCCCAUGCAGCUGCUGCUGAACGGCCUUCUCUACCUGCAGUGCCACGUGCUGUCCAGGGGGGGCAUGGAUCAGGAAGCCUUGCAGCUGUUCAGGCACAUCUGUCAGGCAAUCGUUAACGAGUGGGAUGAGCAGGAGCGGCGCGCCCGGGAGAGGGAGAUCGAGGAGGCCAGCCUGUAUCGACACCGCAGCCGACAGCACGGGACGGGGCUGAGCGAGGAAGAGGAGGAGGAGAGGGAGUUCAGACGCAGUUUCCCCCGCUACAACAAGGAUUUUGCAGAUAUCACAUCCGAACCCUCCCUUGAGCAGAGCGUGGAUGAUGAGGAGGAGGAGGAGGAGGAGGAGGAGGAGGAGCACACAGAGCCCAGCUCCCUAUCCCCGAGCUGCAUGCAGGCGCUCAUGCAGAUUCAUCAGCGGCUCUGCCUGGGUUACUCUCGCUCCCUGUGGUAUCGACAGAGCCCGGCUGCCACGCAGACCAGAGACUAUCUCUGCGCCCUGGUAUCGUCCUACCAGACCACCGCCCCUUUGAUGGCACGCUUCUACCACCUCAUUGACUCUGAGAUGAAUGAGCAGCUCAGUGGGAGCCAGCUCCUCCUCAGCUCUCUCAUUCAGAACACUGUGUCUGGAGGCGAGACGUCCCGACUGCUCCUGCAGCCCGAGGGUCCAUAUGAUUUCUAUCAGCACCCCAACAUCCCGCAGGCCCGGCAGGGCCAGCCCGCUCUGGAGGAGUUCAGCAAGGCUGUGAGGGGGCUGCUGCAGGACUGGCCUGAGCACCCAGCUCUGCUGCAGCUGUUGGUUGUGAUUGAUCGAAUCCUCAGCUUCCCUCUCUCCUGCCCCCUGGCGAAGUUUCUGAAUGGCUUGGAGAUCUUGUUGGCUAAAGCUCAGGACUGGGAGGAGAAUGCCAGCCGCUCGGUUUCUUUGAGGAAACAGCUGGAGGUGGUCACCCAGCUGAUCAUUCAGUGGCGUAAGCUGGAAUUGAACUGUUGGUCUGGUAGCCUUGACAAUGCACUGAAACGGCACAGAGAGAAAUCAACCAAGCACUGGUUCUCAAUCUAUCAGCUGGUGGAAACAUAUCUUCAAGAGCAAAAGGAGGGCAAAACAGCAGUUGCAGACCCUGAGUCGGAGGAGGUCUCGCCCCUCUCCUCAAUCACCGGCACUCUGCAGGCUUUCAUAGAGGGAGCCACGGUGGGAGAAUUCCACACUCGCCUCGUAAUGCUGCUGGCUUUCCACUGCCACGUCAUGCUGAUCCCUGAACAAGAGGGCAAAGAGCCUUUGUCCAGUGUCCUUUGGAAUUUAUAUACCUACUACCAGCAGUUUUCAGAGUGCGUUCAGGCAAAAUUAACUGAACUGCGGCGGCCUAUUGAAAAAGAGCUCAAGGACUUUGUGAAAAUCUCCAAAUGGAAUGACGUUAGUUUCUGGUCCAUCAAGCAGUCUGUGGAAAAGACCCACCGAACCCUUUUCAAGUUUGUGAAGAAGUUCGAGGCGGCACUGAACGCCCCCUCUCGCCCUGCGCUGAUGGAACAGGGGGAUGAUAGGAGUUUGGACUGCGUGGACCAGCCCCAGGAGGAGACCCCAGUUCAGAGACUCAACAGAGCAGUGAAGAGCAUGCUCACCGCUAAGGGCAAAGCAACGCAGGUGGGGGUCUCCGAGGAGGCUGAGGAGCCUCUUUCCGUGGAUGCUUCAUCUCUGCAGGGGCGCCUGCCUCUCCUCACAGGGAAAAUGAAGAAGAUGUGUGUGAGGCUCAUGAGGAAGAGCCCGCUGCCAGAAUUAGUGGAGGACCUGGAUCAGUUUACAGCUGAAGUUAUCAGCAAUGUGCAGGAGCUCCAGAACCUGACUGUGGACCGGGCUGCAGAGAAAGAGAAGCAGAAGUCGGAGGUGAAGCACAUUCUGCAGCAGAAACAGCGAGCACUGUCAGGCCUCUUCAAGCUGCUUGCACAGAUAGGUUUGUCGUACCGCAAAGGCCUUGCAUGGACACGAACAGCAGAUCCAGAGGAGACGUUACGUCUUCAUCCCCUAGACUUGAAAAAUGCACUCUCUGUGGUGAACAGCACUGACAGGCAGGAGAACAUGUUAUUUGCUGAGAUGGCUGCUGCCUGGAAUGGUUGUCAGAAGUAUUUCUACAGGUCCCUGGCAAGACGUGUUGGGCUACAGGCAGCUCUCCUCACUCCUGCAAAGGAGCUUGGCCUGGGGAACGUGGAGAGGUGUAAAGGGUUCACAGCACACCUGCUGAAGUUGCUCGUCCUGCAGAGGAGACGGCUGUCAGGACUGACCGAGCAGUGGGUCCAGCUCAGAAAACUCUUCAGCUGCAUACAGGAAAUACAAUCCCGUCUGAGUCAGUCUGGAGAGAGCGGCGCUGCCCUCCCGCCUCAGGACGCUGUCCUCCUGUGGACUGACAGAACACAGACCCUGGCCAUGCAGUGCAUGGUCGGCCUGGAACAGCUGUCCUGGGUCCUCCAGUGCUGCCCCGAGGACACGCUGCCUGAUGGAGCUCCACUGGCCAGUGUCACACCUCCAGAGAAGCAGGAGUCUGGCCUGCGCUACCCCAGUCCCCUGGCUGCGGAGUGUCUGCCGGCCGGGUGUUGUAUGAGACGAGGGGACCAGGCCUGGCAGCAGCUGACUGAGGCAGUGGCAGAGAUGCUGACUGAGGCAAAGGCCCUGAAGGCAGAGCUGGAUGGAUUGAAGGAGCAGCCCACUGAAGGGAUACUGCAGACAUGGAGCCGGUUUGAAGUGUGCUCUUCGGGGCUCAGUCGGCUGGGUGCAGUGGCUGCCCGGCUGCAGGCUGUGGAGACUCUGUUUACUGCCGUACUCCCCGAGGGCCAGGCUCCUGCUCAGAGGCAGCCAGCGGUGCUCUGGACCCUACAGUACCUCAGGGAGGAAAUCGGCCGCAACCUCACCCAGUUCACCGCCUGGAAGACAGAGCUGCUGACUCUGAAAGCUGGAAGCAGUGAAUCGGCAAGCGAGUUUUUAUCCGUCUUCUCUGAUCAAGUGGAGAGUGCCAUCAACUCGGUGCUGUGUGCCAUUCAGAGUCUAGUGAAGAGAAAGACUGGGGAUGAGGCGGAGGAGACAAAGCAGCUAGAGAAGAAAACUGAACAAGAAGAGGAGGCAACGGAGGACUUGAUCAAGCCGGGGCACCUGACUAAACUCCUGGAGGAAGAGCUGUCCAGCGAGGUGUCUGCUCUGAGCUUGCAGAAGAUCACGGCCUCUGUCCUGCAGCUCCUUGAAACACUAAAAACACAGAGAGAGACGUGCACAGCAGAGCCGUACCAGGUGUUCAACCAGGCCUGUUUCCUGUUGGUGCGUCUCCUGCCCAUGCUGGCCUCCUACACAGAGCUGGUGCAGUACUACCUGACUGUCUCCAUGGCAACUCACAGGAGCACCGGGAAGCUGCUGUCUGUCUUAGCCAACAUGUUCACUGAGCUCGCCCAGAAGGGAUUCUGUCUUCCCAAGGAGCUGAUGGAGGAAGCGGCCGGCGAGGGAGCCACAGAAUUCCACGACUACGAGGGGGGCGGGAUUGGAGAGGGAGAGGGCAAGAAAGACGUCAGCGACAAGAUCGAGGAUGAAGAACAGGUAGAGGACACAUUCCAACAGGGCCAGGAGAAAAAGGAGGAAGACGAGGAGAACAAGCCAAACAUCGAGGAAGAGGACAACGCUAUAGAAAUGACCGAGGACUUUGAUGGAAAAAUGCAUGAUGGGGAUCGAAAAGAACCAGGGGAGGAUGACGAGCAGCAGUCGGAGAGCGAGAGUGAGGAGGAGCUGGAUAAACAGAUGGGUAACCUGGGCGAGGGGGAAGCUGACAAGCUGGACGAGAGACUCUGGGGUGAUGAGGAUGACGAUGAGGAUGAAGGUGCCAGCGACAAGGAGGAGGAGUCCGGCCAGGGAAUGGAUGAGGGGGAAUCUGAACUCGUUGCGAAGGAUGACAACUUGGAUGCAGGAAACUCAAACAAAGAGGACAAGAAACAACAGGAUAAAGAUGAAGAGCCUGCUGACACUGGAGAAGGAAAGGAGAAGAUUCACGAGCAACUUGAUGAGAGGGAGUAUGACGAGAACGAGGUGGACCCUUACCAUGGCAACCAGGAGAAGCAGCCAGAGGCUGAGGCCAUGGACCUGCCUGAGGACCUGAACCUGGACAACGAAGAGGACAAGGGGGAGGAGCAGGAGGAGGAGGAGAAUCCCUUUGAGAUCGAGGAGAAGCCAAUGGAGACGGAUGACAAGGAGGAGAAGGAGCAGCAGGAGGGAGUGGAGGGGCAGGCAGAGGAGAGCCAGGGAGAGGAGAGGAUGGAGGAGGAGGUGGGGGGCGAACACAAAGAGGAGGAGGAGGAGGAGGGGGGCGAACACAAAGAGGAGGAGGAGGAGGGCGGUGAACACAAAGAGGAUGGGGACCCUGAGGAAGAGGGGGCCGAGGCAGAUGCAGCUCCAGAGAAUAAAGAGGAAGAGGAGGAGAACGAGGCAGCUGGAGACAAGGAAGAAAAGGGAGUCCACACAGAUCAGGGCCAGCAACCCAAGGGAGAGGAGGCGAGUGCUGAGGAGGACAAGGAGAAGGAGUUCCCCGAGUCCGCGGAGAGGAAGCAGCACGAAGCCGACGGGCAGACAGGGGAGGAGAACCUGCAGAGCGACAGUGCUGUGGAGCUGGCUGGCGCAGCGUCAGAGAGGGACCAGGCCAAGGAGGAGCAUGGCAGUGGGGCUGCUGAUGCUAGUCAGUCUGAAGGUCAUGAGUCCAAACUCAUGGCGCGAGUCUCAUCGCAGAAGCAGACCAAGGACAGAACUCAGAGUUUCAAGCGGAAGCCUGGGCAGGCAGACAAUGAGAGAUCCACUGGAGACUACAACGAGCGAAUCCACAAGAGGCUGCGCACAGUGGAGGCCGGUGCAGAGAAGAGGGAGGACAGGGCUCAGCCUGAUGGGAAGAAGGAGGAGUCCGAUGUAUACGAGCACGUCAAGGAGGGAGCAGAGUCUUACGAUGCUCAGACUUACGAUGUUGCCAGUGCAGAACAGCAGAAACCAGCGGGAGCCGCCCAGGAGGAAGAGGAGGAGAACGAGGGGAGUGAUGUUGCCAUGGAAACUGAGGAACAGAAGGAUGAGGAUCUGCAAGCAGUGGAUGCACAUGAGUUGAAACCAGAGCAAAAUAAGUCCACCUCCUCCAAGACUGAGGGUGUGGAGAAUGCAGAGCUGGAGCUGCAGCCCCCACGGAUUGAAGAGGAGGAGCAUGAGAAAGAGGAGUCUCAGAACAGCAGAACGGAUGAGAAGCUGGACAGGCCAACGGAGUCCACUGUGCACACUGUGCCUGAGCUUCUGAUGGACACGUCCGCAGAGAGAUCCAUAAAGGACCCUGAAGAACUCCGCAAGGAGCUGGAGCAACAGCUGGAUGCCUGGCAGAAACAGCAGCCUGGAAAUCAGGAAGAGGAAAGGGCUGCAGCUGAGAUGUGGCAGCAGUACCAGGUGUUAACAUCCCCACUGUCACAGCAACUGUGUGAACAGCUGCGUCUUAUACUGGAACCAACCCGGGCUGCAAAGCUCAAGGGUGAUUUCCGCACAGGGAAGCGGCUGAAUAUGCGCAAGGUCAUCCCGUACAUUGCCAGCCAGUUCCGGAAGGAUAAAAUCUGGCUUCGCAGGACCAAGCCCAGCAAACGGGAAUACCAGAUCUGCCUGGCUGUGGAUGACUCUUCAAGUAUGAUAGAUAACCAUUCAAAACAGCUGGCUUUCGAGUCCCUGUCAGUGAUUGGGAACGCACUCGCUCUUCUUGAAGUGGGACAGAUUUCUGUGUGCAGUUUUGGAGAGACUGUUCAGCUUUUACACCCAUUUCAUGAACAGUUUAAUGACCAGUCCGGAGCCAGAAUACUUCGACUCUGCAAAUUUCAACAGAAGAAGACUAAAAUCGCCCAGUUUUUGGAAUCGGCAGCCAGCAUGUUUGUUGCAGCUCGACAGCAGUCCCACAGCUGCAGUAACACAGAAACGGCUCAGUUAUUGCUGAUCGUGUCUGAUGGAAGAGGCCUUUUCUUGGAAGGGAAGGAACGGGUCACAGCAGCAGUUCAGGCAGCUCGAAACGCCAACAUCUUUGUCAUCUUCGUGGUGCUGGACAACCCCAAUUCCAGGGACUCCAUACUGGACAUUAAGGUUCCCAUCUUCAAAGGUCCUGGAGAAAUGCCCGAGAUCCGCUCCUACAUGGAAGAGUUCCCGUUCCCAUUCUACAUGAUCCUGCGAGACGUGAACGCUCUCCCGGAGACACUGAGCGACGCACUGCGACAGUGGUUUGAGCUGGUCGCAGCGACCGACCAGUAGUGAACAAGCCUGGAAAAACACACCAUACACAAUGAUAUACAUGGAAACAUACAUAUACAUGGAAACAUACAUAUACAUAGAUAAAUCAGUAUACAUUGCUGCUACAGUUAAGAGCGAGGGCUGAAGGGACCUGCUUCUUGCAUGUGCCUUUUUUCUUUUUCUUUUUACCACAAGCUCAUUCUCUGUGGAACUGUUACCUGGUUACAGUGGGUCUUUGCUUUCACUGCCCUCAAGAGAACUGAAGAAAUAUUUACCGAAAUAUACAGGUUUUCCUUUUGUAAAUGUAAUAUUUCAGAAGCCGAGUUGUUUUAGAGCGCGAUACACUUUGUAAAGCGGUUUAUGUUUUGUCAGAAACUGUUGUAUAAAAUAAAGAUGACAUUGCUGGCUGAUCAGCACCCUUUUAAUAUUGAAAAAAACAAGGUCAAAGCAAAAAGUAUUUCCAAAUGUUUUGUUCAAAUCGAAAUGCAUCAUGUUUAAGUACGUCUGGUUCUUUAUUUUAGUUCAAUUUUUUUUCUUUCAAAGGACUGCGCUGCAGUAAUGGCUACAAUGAACAUGAGCUGAGUUACAGUGCAGAUGGUUAUAGGAGUAGUGCUGUAAUGCCCAAUGGUUGAAAUAUUGUAACUGUUUACUUCAGCAUUGUUUGUAUUUGCUUUAAUGCAGCUCAUUGUGUUUUAAGUUAUUGUACAGACGGCAUAUAUUUUAGCAUGAUUGUGUUCACUGGUUCAUAUUGGUGCAAUGCUGGAAAUCCCUGAACACAGAUAGUUCAACAGGCUGCAGAAGAACGGUUUCAGAGUGAAUAUAGCAAACCUUCAAAUGCUGCAUACAGGCAGUUCAGAUUGAAUUGUGAACUAUGCAGGUACUCGGUAAGUGUGGCCAUUAUGUUUUGUAUUCUAUAUAAUCAAACUAAAAUCACUAUAUAUGAAGGAUGUUUCGUUAUGUUUAUACAGCACAGUGUAUCAAUAAUAAAAAUGGGUUAUCUUCUA